GAUGCUAUUUAGAUAAAAGGAAAAAGUUCCUGAUCUUGGAAGAGAUAACUUUCGUGAUUUCAUGAGAAGAGAAGGAGAUUCUUGUUUGUAAACUUAGAUGAAACUCUCGACAUUUGUUCAUAAAACUGUACCUAAUGAAUUGACAUAAUCUUAAUUAAGGUAAAUUAAAUGAUCAAUCUUUAGUCCAUUACCAUAAGCCUUAGAUGGUUCAUUAAAAAUGAUUGGGAAUACAUGGGAUGCAAAGCAUUUAGGAACUUUUCUUUAAAAAAGUUAAUUUGCUUCUGUUGGUGGAAACACCCUAAAGAACACUGAACCAUUUUAAAAUAGUAUGAAGAACUAAAGCUUCUUCUUUAGAAGUUAAUAACCUCGAAUGAUUGAUGACCAUGUUGAUUAUCUACAUUAACAAUCUAUCAACCAUAUAAUUAGUGAUCAUCCUAUGAUGAAAAGUGGAACCAAAUAUUUACAGAAGAAACUCCUAUCUGUUCCAGAUAAACCAUUUGAUGAGUCUAAACUUAAUUAUGUUACAGAAGUAGGAUUAAAAAAACCUAAAGAACAAUUUUAAGAGAUGUUAAUUAGUAAAGACAAUCAAUAGAAAUUUCAUUAAUGGAGAUCAGAAUUUUAAGAUGUAAAUAGAGCAUAUAAAAAAGCUAAACAAUGCUUUAAAAGUGGAUUGUAUGCAUUAGAUAGUCCAUUGAAUGAUAAUACUGAAUUAUAUAAAGAAGAAAAUACAAAAUUAAGAGAAUAAGAAUAAUAAAGUGUAAGAAGUUCAUUAUAGAGAUAUAAAUGUAUUAAUCAAAUCUAUUUAAAUAGCACUUGAAAGAUUUAAUGCUAGUAAUCCUUCUAUUGAAUUUAAUAAUGUAGCCCAUAAACCAUUUAAUUCUAAAUAAUCAGAUCCCUUAUUAGUGAAAAGUAAUUUCCCUUCACAAAAUUUUGAAUUCCAUGAUUAAUGGAUGAAAAGAAAAUUAAUUGAAUAACAGAUAGAUACUAAAAAUAGAAUAUUUGGAGAAACCUCUCAAAAUAAGGCCAACCCUUAGAGAGCUGUGUUUUUAAGAGAAUAAGAAGUUAGAGGUAGAAAUUACAAUCCUGUCAAUCUAACAAGAAGUGUAAUUGGUUGA